AUGGCGGAGCCCGCAGGAGCAGGAGCAGGAGCAGAAGCGACGCCUCUCCUCCCAGGCCUCCCGGACGACAUCUCCGUCUGGGAGAUCCUCGUCCGCCUGCCGCCCAAAUGCGUCCUCCGCUGCCGCGCCGUCUGCCCCGCGUGGCGCCGCGCCACCUCCGCCCGCGGCUUCCUCCUCGCCCACCACGCCCGCCAGCCCGCCAUCCCCCUCCUCUACGGCUACAACUACGCGUCCCUGGACCUCCUCCCCUUGGACUACCGGGCAGGGGUCGUCGCCGUCGACCAGCUCCGGUCCGUCGCUCGACUUGCACACGACUCCUACAGCCUUGAUGACUGCUUCAUGCUCGAGGCAUGUUGCGACGGCCUCCUCGCCCUUACUGCCCACUACCCGCCCAAGCUCUCCAUCUGCAACCCGGCAACUCGUCAGUACGCUCCCCUUCCGCAGCUUGAUGGCUUCAAGAUCCUGGGGAUGUACCCUCACCUCCCUACCGGCGAGUACCGACUACUGCUAUACCCGAUCCCCGUUGAAGCUCAAGGUGGCUUCUACAUCUCCACAUUGGGCUCAGGCCAGCCGCCGAGGCACAUAGGGUUUCCUGAGGCCAAGGAACUGAGGCGCUCCUCCGUGUCUGUCCUGUUCCGUGGUAGCCUGCAUUGGUGCAUACGCAAUCUGAUGAUGGCAUUUGACACCACCGCUGAGUCGUUCCGGCAGGUGUGCUCUCCGGCUGGUCCUGGCUACUCUAACCUGAUUGAGAUGGGUGACAUGCUUGGCAUCUCCAGUCUUAGUGACAAAGCAGCAAGCGUUAAUAUCUGGGUGAUGCAGGACUACGAAGCCGAGGUUUGGGCCUUCAAAUACCGGGUUGAGUUGCCGGUCGCAGAGAUCAGGGUGCAAUUUGGAAAGUCUGACAAUUAUUGGAAUGUGGUCGCCGUGCCUUGGGAUGGCGAUGUGCUCUUACUCGUCAAAUUUGAUGACUGUCUGCUUCAGGUUGACAUUCAUGGCAAGCUGGUUUCCAGUUUCCGUCGCAGAGACCUUGGUCCUACAAAUCUUCAGAUCAAGCAAACUCUUGUUCAACAUGCCUUCUUUCCGACACUAGAGGGCUAUGUUGUGAACUCUUCGCCUUUGGUCUGA